GACGGACCGGAAGUAGGGAGUUGGCCUCUUGUAAACAAAAUUGUCAGUAAUCCUCGUUUCUCCACAUCCGAAAGCGCCUGGAGAAAUUUUUUACUACCAUUUGGAACAUAUUUACAUCUCCAGCUGCUUUUGGUAAAAAAACACAUAUACGGAAGAUUGCCAGAGAGGUGCCAAGAUGUUUAAUUUUUUUGGACGAAAAGAUUCGUCUAAGAAGCUGCCGUCGGAGAAGGAGACUGAUGGGUUUGUGAUCAUAGGAGAAACGUCUGAAGACCGGAAGCAGAAAAUUCAGAAAACAAACGUCAUCCAGCCAGCUACCCAUGUGAUUGUGCAGCCCUCCAAGAUGCCAUUUGAGAAUCCAGCCCGUUCUGUUGACCCAGGUCAGAUGGCCCCAGUCCCCGCAGUACCAGCUCAGGCAACCCCGGUCCAGUCUGGCCUAGGUGCAGAAGGUGGACCCACUCUCACGGACCUCCUGAGUGACGUGCCCUUCACUCUCGCACCCCACGUUCUGGCCAUGCAGAUGGCCCCACCUGUCCCUGAUGUGCUGUUGUCCCGAGACAUCAGUGACAACCUGGCCAGCUUCCGCUAUGACUUCACGCUGGAGAACUCGGUCCUCUGCGAUUCCUAACUCUGGCCUGGUGCUAGGGUCCUCUGCCCCAGGAUCACUUAUUUAUUAAAUUUUGAAACACUCCUCAGUUUCUGUAAUUCGCUAAUUUCAUUCAGUUGCCGCCUUAAACAGACAAAACUGGAUAAGUAUAACUACCCACAUCACUUGUGACAGUGGGUGUUAGUGUUUUGCUAAACUACAUAUAAUUCUGUCUCAGAACACACUGAGGCAUGAUGAAAGCAUGGUGACUUAUGAAUUGCUCAUGAAGGUCACACUGAGAAAAUGAGUAUCUCUUGAUGAUACGUGAAAGAAUAUUUACUUUAGAAUAGAUUUAAAAAUGAGUUGAGGAAACAAUGUAGGAUAACAGCUGGUAACGUGAUGUAAUAUUAUUGCAUAUUUAAGGUAUACUUACUAUAAGGUCUGAGGUUAAUCAGAGAACAGAGAAUUUGUUUACAGAUCUAAAGAUGUGAUAACCUACUCUGUAAAUCAGGAGUGCAGAACAGGUUAUACCUUUUCUCAAAGACAGCCCUACAGAACUGUUUUAAUUUAAACAAAUGUAAAACAUUAUUGACUCAAUGACAUCAAAAAUGGCCCAUUUGUCCCCUGCACUGUCAGAGAACUUGGAACAUUCAUUGCUGUACCAGCAUCAAGUAAAGUGUAGUUAAUGAAGUAAACAAAUAGUUGAGAAGGCAGUGUGUUCUGCCUGCGAUGAUUUAGUGUUGGCACGUGGAACCCGGAGAGAUCCGAGGCCAAAUGAACAGGGCACAGUGCAAAACUUUCAUUUAAAGGUUAUCCUGGCAGGAUUUAUGUGACAUGGCCCAUUCUGCUGCGAUGUUUUUAGAUGAUUUCUGUAAUUUUUUUAAACAUGUUUUUCCUCACAGUGGAACAUUGCCGUUAAAUUAAUGAUUUCAUACUUGGUUGUACUGUGGUUUUGCCUCUAAUCGUACAAUUCUGUAAACACCUUGCAUGGCUUUCAGAGGGGGUUAUUCUUUAAUGUCACUUUGCAUGUUACAGCAGCUGAAAUAUCCUCUUUGUGCGUCUCCGUGACUCUGGGUGUGUCCAUGCCAGUGUGCAUUCACACACCGAGAUGUAGAUAAAUUUCAUUAAAUGUCAAGCUCUUCAUUUUUGGCAUAAUCAAAUUUGGCUGAAAGGGUUAUUUAGGCUCUCUAAAUGGUUAUGAUUGUGUAAUGACCUGGAAUCUGCAUGGUUUUUAUCAUCGUAUAUGAGUGUAUGUAUUAUUUCAUUUGCUGCUGUUUCAGUCCUUCAAAGUUGACUCAAUAUUUGUCCUCUGAUCAAAGAAGUGUGAUUACAGCUCAGCUGUUCUUGCAUUUCCACAUACUGUAAUAUAGCAUUGGGAAGAUGUCUAUUUUCAUAUGACUUUCUUACUUUGCAAAGAACAGCGAUGCCAUUUGUCAACAGUACAUUUGAAAAAGUAAUUUCAGAAAAUUCUUGUGCCUUUUCCAUUUGCUGAUCAAGUUCAGCUUAAAAAAAAUGUCCUUACAUGCUACCUAAUGUCACCUAGCAUUAUUUUACUGUGCAGAAUCUGCUUGUAAUAGAAGCCAUUUCUGAUUUUUUUAGU